UUGUGCUUGUGCGAACUACCCCCGCGAACACUCGACUGUUCGCGCUGGGAACCGGGCUAUCCGCGUGGGGGGGACUCAGCGGUGGUUUCCGCGCAGAGACCUCCAUGCGGCUGUCGGCGGAACAGCCCGCCGCCUCCCUCGGUUAGCCAUCAGGGAUCUGGGUGUAAUAUCUCACCGUGCACACACUCGCCCUCUCUCUCCCCCUCUCUCUCUCGCGCCGAGCUGCUCACCCCCUCGAACCGCCGACGACCGAGCCGCGGAGAACCCGCCUCUCUCCUCCUGCUCGCUAGCUGCCGCUCGGGGUCGAAGGGAAGGGGAGUCUGCACCGCCCUGGGCUCGUAGGUCCGGGCUCUGUUCCUCCGUGUUUGCAGUGCGCCAUUGGACCUUGUCACGAUUCGAGACAAAACGACCACAAAUGAAUGGAGACAUGGAGGUAGCUGCACCAGUGCAAGUAUGGACGCAGGAUGACCUCUUUAAGUUGCUGGAGGCCAUGCAAGUGGCCCUUCCUGAGAAAGACAUGACGAAAUAUAAAACAUCAGAGUCCCACCUCGACUGGCAGAAGGUGGCCUUCAACACCUUCUCAGCUGAGAUGUGUAGGCAGAAGUGGCUGGAAGUCUCUAAAGAGAUUCGUAAAUUCAGGACUCUGACAGAACUGAUUUUUGAUGCUAAAGACUACAUCAAGAACCCUUACAAGGGCAAGAAAAUAAAGAAACAUCCAGAUUUCCCCAAGAAGCCCUUGACUCCAUACUUCCGCUUCUUCAUGGAAAAGAGGGCCAAAUAUGCCAAGCUGCACCCUGAGAUGAGCAAUCUAGAUCUCACUAAAAUCCUCUCAAAGAAGUACAGAGAGUUACCUGAGAAGAAGAAGAAAAAAUACGUUGAGGACUUCUUAAGAGACAAAGAAUCGUUUGUCGGCUGUAUGAUGAAGUUCAGGGAAGAUCACCCGGACCUUGUGGAGAGCAUGGCCAAGAAAGGUUCAAAUGUUCCGGAGAAGGCCAAGACGCCUCAACAGCUGUGGUACAACCAUGAAAAGAAGGCCGUCCUCAAAACACGCCCAGAUGCAACCACCAAAGACAUUAAGGAGGGUCUCGGCAAACAGUGGACUCAACUGUCCGACAAAAAAAGGCUGAAAUGGAUCGCAAAGUCUCUGGAGCAGCAGAAACUGUAUGAGCAUACAAUGCGGGAUUACAUCCAGAAGCACCCAGAGCUUAACAUGGUUCAGGGGGAUUAUGUGAAGUCCACCCUGACAAAGGCUGAGAGGCACCUGAAGGACAAAUCUGACGGCCGACCCGACAAACCACCACCGAAUGGAUACUCGAUGUUCUGCGCCGAGUUGAUGUCGAGCAUGAAGGACGUACCCAGCACGGAGCGCAUGGUGAUGUGCAGCCAGCGGUGGAAGCUGCUCAAGCAGAACGAGAAGGACGCUUAUCAGAAACGCUGUGAACAAAGAAAGAAAGAUUAUGAAAUUGACAUGAACAGAUUUCUCAGUAGUUUGUCAGUGGAGGAGCAGCAGCGUGUCUUGGGCGAGGAUAAGUUUGGUUUAAGGAAGGGUAGCGCAGCCGGCAGCCCUGCCGCCAAAAAGAGAAACACGAAAGCAAAGGCCAGCCCAGAGAAACCCAAAAGGCCCAUUUCCGCCAUGUUCAUCUUCUCUGAGGAAAAACGGCCCAAGCUCCAGCAAGAGCGACCAGACCUCUCUGACAGUGAACUCACCAGACUGCUGGCCCGCAUGUGGAAUGAACUGCCAGAUAAGAAGAAGGAAAAGUACAAACGCCUGGAGACGGUCCUAAAGGCAGAGUCAGUGAAGAAGGAGAAGGAAGAUCGUAGUCUGCCAGACCCACCUAAGACUGCUCAGGACAUUUGGCAACAGAGCGUCAUAGGAGACUAUCUGGCCAGAUUUAAGAGCGACCGACCAAAGGCUCAGAAAGCCAUGGAAGGCACCUGGAGCAUCAUGGAGAAAAAAGAGAAGAUUAUGUGGAUCAAAAAGGCAGCAGAAGAUCAGAAAAGAUAUGAGAGAGACCUGUGUGAGAUGCGCUCACCUGCUGCUGCCGCCAUCGCCUCAGGGAAGAAAAUCAAGUUUGAGGGUGAACCCAAGAAACCACCAUCAAACGGAUAUCAGAAGUUCUCUCAGGAGAUGUUGUCCAACGGAGAGCUGAAUCACCUCCCGAUGAAAGAGCGGAUGACUGAGAUCGGCAGCCGCUGGCAGAGGUUAUCACUGAAGGACAAGGACCGUUACAAGAAGAUUGCUGAGGAAAAGCAGAGGCAGUAUAAAGGCAUCCUGGAACAGUGGCUUGCGAGCUUGUCCUCACAAGAGAGAAACACCUACAAAGAAUAUACUUCACAAAAAAGGAGAACGACAGCAAAACCAGGAGGCCCCGUAGCGAAGUUCAAGAAAUCUGACACGGAGGAGGAGGAAGAGGAUGAUGAGGAUGAGCCGGAGAAGGCUUCUUCUGACGCAGAUUCCUCCAGCGAGGAUGACGAAGAUGACGAUGAUGAUGACGACGAGGACAAGGACGAGGAGGACGACGAUGAGGCGGACGACAAAGAGAACAAGUCAGAUGACAGCAGCAGCGAUUCAAAUUCACAGGCGUCAUCAGACUCUGAUUCGGACUGAACUGGGCCGUCGUCGACGAACUGAGCUGAGCUGAGCCAAGAGUCCGGGGAGCUCUGCCAUUGUGCCAACCCUGCUCUCCUCCCACCACCAGAGGGAGCCCCUGCAUUGCCUCAUCCAUUUCACAUUCGCCCACUUUUUGUUGCCGCGUCACUGACCUGUACUCACGGAGGGACCCUGCCCUUAUGUCCAAUAUCAGUUUCGUUCCCUCCCCGCUGUGAUGGUCAACUCACAGAACGGGCCGCUGACAUUAUGCCAAAAACAGCAUCCCACUGGUUUGAGGAUGUCGUGAAUAGUUCUGCCGCUGGUUUCAAUCUUGAUUCACAGGUUCAGUGGUUUAAAGUUUGAGUUUUAACGUCCCUCCAGUGUUUCUUCUCUUAUUCUGGUGAUUAGUUAACGACAGAUGGCAUGAGUUGUCAACUGGCUUCAUGGAGCCAAAUAAUCUAGUAAGGGGGGGGUCACUUUAGGGAGGGGUGUGUGCGGGGCACUGAAAAAUUGCACUCUUCAGAAUGUUUCCUUUUUAACGUUUAUUUUCCUCCAGAAUACUGUUGCUUUGUUCUCUAUUCUCAAUUUGUGAUGUAGAUUUUAUCAUUUGGUUCUUAAAGAGGUGGUAUUUGUUCAGGAAAAACCAAGCCAUUAUGAAUGUCUUUUUUUUUUUGCUGGAAAGUUUCAGAACUUGUUAUUUACCCAUUUGUUUUCAUUUGAAAUAAGCGGUGCCUAUAAAAUGUUUACUCCCCUUGAGUUUUUCAUGUUUUAUUGUUGCUGAAGUGGGUGUAAUGAGGCUUUUUGACGAAACCAAAACUCCUUUUUAAAAGUACAUUUAUGGGAAAUUAACUUAUUUGCUGCAGUUGUGGCUUCGCCCAGCUGUAAUUUCAGGUUUAGUGUGAAGUGCAGCAAACAUUUGAACACAAAGCUGAAACUGACAUUGACUCACUUUGUAACAGAAACAAGCUAAAAGGAGAUUUGCUUGAGAUGCCACAAGGAGAUGAUCUGAGAUACAAAGCAAUCUAUUACAUUUGUAAUAAUUUUCUUCAGUAAUUACAAUAAAAAACAUUUCAUAGCAGUUUCAGAUUUGACUCGUAUGCCAUUACACCUUACUGAGCACAUUUACAGCAGUGUCAUAUCUGUAAAAUUUAAAUUUAGCAUCAUUGGUCGACCUUACUGUGGCCUGCCGGCUCCUCCGUCCCUUGAAAUUCUUCUUGCAUCCAUCGUUUAGAAAACAAAAAGUCUCAAUGGUGGUGGAAAUGUUUAUAGGCACUACAGGAUCUGUUGCCAUGUGUCCGUCAAUUAAAGUGUUACUAGUCAUCGCGCACACAUUCUCGAGUCCGAAACAAUCUCUGUUAAUUCAGUUUGUUCCGUUCAGGUAGUGACAGUGUUUACAAUUUGUCACUAUUUUUCCAUAUUUUAAGCUCAAUCUGACUUUUUAAGGACUGUCAUACAGUUGGUGUGUGUUUCUUCUCUAUCAUCUUUUUAUUGUUCUUUUACAGUUUGUAUGAACGGUCAAUAAGAUUGUUUUAAUUGUGAGCAGUUCUGAUUCAUCUGGAUUUUAUUGUGGCUGUUCAGUUGUGUGGUUCCAUCUCUUAUUCUUUUGUUUGAAAUUGUUAUGGUAUUGACUUUAAUCCAAUCUGGAUUUAUGUCAUGCUUUUCCCAAAAAAAUGUGUGCACUUAAUGUAAAUCUGUCCCUCUGUGUGAGUUUGUGUGCAUAUGCACAUAACUGUAUAUAUGAGGGUGUAUUUGUGUUUUUUUUGUUAGCUUAAUUUUUUUGCUGUUAUGUUGCAUCCCCUGAUGUGGCGGCAGCCUGCAUGUAUGUGCCUGUGUGGGGACGUCAUACCAACACCAUGAAUGUAGAUAUUGUUAAAUCUUUUUCAUUUUUUCUCUCUCCAAAGUUCUUUGGUAAUUCUUCGUCUCUGCACCGUCGUGUCAUUUGUUUCCUGAAAACGGACAAAUACUGUCAUUGAAGCUUUGCAUACAGAUGAGUACAUGGCAAAUAUUGAUAAUCUGUUAGUAAUAGACUGAUUUUGACAAUUAUAAGUCAUCAAAAACUGAAAUAAAUCCAGCUUGGGGCAUUUAAAUAACUUGGGGGAGGUAAAAGGAAAGUGAUUGCUGAUAUCGAUUGAUGGGAGUUUGUAAAAGGGAUUUGGGGGGGAAAACAAGUUGCCCGUGGAAUUUGGGUAAAUGACGACAAAAUAAGAAAAAAAAACUUGUAAUUUUUUGUAAAUACUGUUUUUGUAUUGAGUGCUUAUUGUUUUGUUAGGUCUUUGAUUUGGCAAACCCUCAUCUGUGACUUCUGGGGCCAGUGGGCCUUUCACUCACAGGGGAGAACUUUUGGUUGAAUUCACCUGUUUUUGUUGUUUCUUCUCUCCCUUCUGUUGGUUUAUAGAAAUAUCUAAGACUGCAAAGCUUUACAAGUUUGUACUGCUGACCAUUUGACAAAAUUUGAUGUUUUCUAUAGCUGAGGGUGCUCUCAUGUCCUUGUAGUUCAAGUAUUUGGACAAAUAAAAAAAAUAUCUUUAACAA